UGCAAGUCCUACAAGUGUGUUUUCCCCUGUGUGCUCAGCUUUCUUACUCCAGCCUCGACUCGCCCUCACAUUCAUCCUUUCUUCAGAGAAUUCUCUCUAGAAAAAAAAAAAAAUAAAACAAGAACAAUAAUAAUAAUAGACCAAGAUGAACAGAGCCAACGUCAGGGUGAAAUACGCGGAUGAGAUUGGGCACAUCAAGAACUUUCUGCAGUCCUUCAAGUCUGCAGUGACUGAGGCUGAUGUCGAGGAUACUGGAAUGCAGGUUGAUGACACCCCUCAGUUGAAGUACCUCAUCCAACUGCAAAGGAUCGCCAAUCGCAGACAAAAGAAACUCCUUAUUCAUCUUGAUGAUGUUAUCAAGCAUGAUCGUACAUCAACAUCCAACUUGGCUCAAAACAUCUUAUCCAACACCAAGCGUUAUGUGGGAUUGUUCUGCAGUGCCAUCGAUGCAAUUAUGCCAGCACCAACCGAGGACAUGGAUCAUACUACCUCAGUUCUGGAUGUCAUUCUUAGCCAACGCAGGAGCCACAACAAUAACUUCAUUGCUGCUAAUGGAGAGGUUCCUUUGGAUCAAUUGCCUUUCCCACCCGCGUUGACUAGAAGAUACCAAGUUGUCUUCAAACCACCUACGCAGCAAAAGGCACUAUCAGUUCGUGAGAUCAAAGCUGAAUACUUGGGCAAAUUGGUGACACUCCAAGGAAUCGUCACCCGUGUCACGGCUGUGAAGCCCUUUGUUGAAGUAGCGGCUUAUACCUGUGAGAUCUGUGGUAACGAGAACUUCCAGGAGGUGACAGCACGUCAAUUCAUGCCCCUGACAGAGUGUAAUUCACAGGUCUGCAAGACGAAUCAGACCAAGGGCAAACUUCAUGAGCAAACUCGUGCCAAUAAGUUUUUGGAGUUCCAAGAAGUCAAGAUUCAGGAACUUACACACCAAGUCCCUGUUGGACAUAUUCCUCGCUCAAUUAAGGUGCACCUGUAUGGAGUCAUGACUAGGAGCAUGAAUCCCGGUGACACUGUUGCGGUCUCUGGUAUCUAUGUUCCAAUCCCCUAUACUGGAUUCCAAGCCAUGCGUGCAGGACUUUUGACGGAUACGUACCUGGAGUGCCAUCAUGUAGAGCAGGCAAAGAAGCAGUAUACAGAAAUGACAAUCUCAAGUGAAGUUCAGGAAGAAUUAGAAGAGAUGGCUCAGGAUCCAGAUAUCUACAACAAGUUGGCUCGAUCGAUCGCACCAGAGAUCUUUGGUCAUGAGGAUGUGAAAAAGGCGUUGUUGUUGCUCAUGAUCGGUGCGCCCACCAAGAUUAUGGGCGAUGGCAUGAAGAUUCGUGGAGAUAUCAAUGUCUGUCUGAUGGGUGAUCCAGGAGUGGCUAAAUCGCAGUUGCUGAAAUAUAUCUCGAAGGCUGCGCCCCGUGGUGUGUACACGACUGGUAAAGGAAGUUCAGGCGUUGGUCUCACGGCUGCAGUCAUGAGAGAUCCCGUCACGGACGAGAUGAUUCUUGAGGGAGGAGCAUUGGUUUUGGCAGAUAAUGGUAUCUGCUGCAUUGAUGAGUUUGACAAGAUGGACGAGUCAGACAGGACGGCAAUUCACGAAGUGAUGGAACAACAGACAAUCUCAAUCUCAAAGGCUGGAAUCACGACUACACUCAAUGCUCGCUCUUCGAUCUUGGCAGCCGCUAAUCCUAUUUAUGGUCGUUAUAACCCUCGCAAGUCACCUGUCGAGAAUAUCAAUUUGCCUGCAGCUCUGUUAUCACGUUUCGAUAUCUUAUUCUUGAUUCUGGAUACCGCUAAUGAGGAGAAUGACUCGAGAUUGGCCUCUCAUAUUACAUACGUUCAUAUGCACAACCAAGCACCUAGAAUGGAGUUUGAGGCAUACAGUGCUAGUUUGAUGAGACACUACAUCGCUGCUGCACGACAGAAGCGCCCUGUAGUCCCCAAAGCAGUUUCUGAACACAUUGUGGAUGCGUAUGUGCAAUCACGCCAAAAUGGCAAGGCUGACCGCGAGAACGGACAAGAAUUUACAUAUGUGAGCGCACGUACGCUGUUGGGAGUGUUGCGUCUUGCUCAAGCAAUGGCUCGACUCCGAUUCUCAGAUGAGGUGUCAGUAGAAGACGUGAAUGAGGCACUGCGCCUAGUCGAUGUUUCAAAGGCAUCGUUGUACGAUCAUGACGGCAGUGGACAGCAUGGUGAUGGAAAUGGCAAGACAUAUUCCAGCCCUACGGAUAGAAUUUACAACAUUAUCCGUACAAUGAGCAAGGAUCCUGAAGAUAACUGGCGUCUUGUGGAAGAAUUGAGGUUACAAGAUAUUCGGGAUCGUGUUCUUGCAAAGGGAUUCAAAAUUCAGGAGUUGGAGGAUUGUUUGCGAGAGUAUGAAGAGAUGAACAUUUGGUUCGUGAACGAUGCACAGACCAAGUUGACCUGGAUUACGAGGGACUAAAAACGAAGACAAGAACAGAAAUGAAAACAAAAAAGAAAGUGAGGAUGAAUGAAAGCAGACCUUUUUUUUUUUUUUUUCGCAUGUAGACCAAGUCCAUGGACUUACG